CGGCACAUGGUUUUUGUCCGCCGCCGUCGACGGAGUAACACUCAGUUGUCUACGCGACUUGAACAGGUGCAGACGUGCUGCUCCUCAAAACCCCUCAAACCUUCUUAGAUCUUUCUGUGCGUGCAGCUCAAACCGAAGAAAGCGCCGCGGCGCUCGCUGACAUGAAGUUAAUUGAUGUGAUUAUAUACCUAAUUGCCAUUUUGAUCUUCAUCUAUUUGCUGCUCGAGUAGCAGAAGAAGCCAAAAGUCACUCGACAAUUGCCCAGAGCUUUCUACCGACCAGAGCAACCAGCAGCAGCAGCAGCAAUAAAAACAACGAAAAUCUUUACAAAUCCCAACAAGAUGAGGCCUUUCCUGCUGCUCGCCCUGAUUUUGGCGGUGGCCAACUGCGAGCAACGUCCGCUCGUCUUCACCAACUGGCCGCCCAAAAGUGGCAAACAACUGAGUCGUCCUGCCGCCGCCGGUGCUGCAGGUCCAGGAAAGCAGCGCACUUUGGUUGUGCAAAUCCGAAGCGAUCAGCCGGUUCCAUUGGUACUAAAGGGUCGUCCAGGACACAGCCACGCCCACACCCAUGCCGCCCACCUGGCUCAUCCACACUCCGUGCAUCCGCAUGUCCUGUCACACGCCCACUCCCACGCCCAUCUCCACUCGCAUCCCUUGAUCCAUGUGCCCCAGCAUCAGUACCAGCAUCUGCGGGGUCCUCCUCGUCCCAUGAAGCUGGGCGCUCCAUCUCCUGUUUACCUUAAGCCAGCAGGAGCACUAAGAAAACCCCUGAAGAUCAAGCUGAACAAUGUGAAGCCCAAGGCGAAGCCAACCUUCGGAUACGACAAGCCCUUCAAGUACGAGACGCCCUCCGCUGUGAGCUACAGUGAGCUCCAGAAUCUGCCGCUGGACACGCACAACAACUUCAACACCGAGCACUUUGCACCCAUUUACACGGUUCCCGCACCGAACCUGGCCAACAACCACCUGGACGUGGAGGAGGGCCACCUCGACUCCUCCUACCGGUACACUGCCCCCUCCCAGACCACGCCCCCAUCCUCCGUCCGCCCACAGACAUACUUGCCGCCGAAGUACAGUGUGCACGAGGACGAGACCAAUGACCAAACCAUCCGCGAUCCCAUUUCGGGUUCGCAGAAACUCUUUGCCCCAGAUCCGGAUCCCUCGCUGCCCACCACCAAGAUUCGCCCGGCCACCGAGCCAUUCAAUACGCCCAGCAACAACAAGCCUCUGCCAGCCGAUGUCCAGAGCAAUCAUCUCCCGGCGCAGCCGCUGGUUCAGAUCGUGGGAGCCCAGGCAGCAGCUCAAACUGCUCCCGAGAUCUAUCCCAUUCAGUACGCCCAGCCGGCGGUGCACUCGCAAUCCUUCAUUGCCGCCAUUCCGGCUGCCCACAUUCCCAUCUACAAUCCCACCUACCUGGUGACCCAAUCCAAUCAGCUGUACUCCGCGCACAAGCAGCAACUCUUCAAGCCGAGCUCGGAACCGGUGGUGGAAUCGGGCUACGUGAAUGCCGAUCUCACCCAGGAGGUGGCCAGCAACGGGCAGAUCCUGCAGGCGGCCAAGGAUCCGCACCACAACAUCCAUCCGGUGUUGGAUUCUGCACCUCAGUAUGCUGCUCUGAUUGCUGCUCCCGCUUUGGGUGAGCCAGCCGAGAGCGCCUACGAGACGGCCUCCUUCCACCUGCCCAAUGUUGGCUCAGGUGUGACUGCCUCCGUUCCGGAGGGAGGAUUCGUUGUGUCCAACUUCUAUGGCCAUGCUCACGACUCCUCGCAGUUACUGCAGGCUUACGCAGAGGAGGAGGCACGUCGUCAGCAACUGGAAACCGAACAUGCUGCCAUUGAGCUGCAGAAGCAGCAGCAGUUGCAUCUCGAGGAACUCAAGGCCCAGGCGCAGGAGCAACAGCAGCAACACCAACAGCACCUGGAGGAGCUGAGGGCACAGGCGCAAUAUCAGCAGCAGCAACAGCAGCAAUUCGAGGAGCUGCAGGCCCAGGCUCAGGAGCAACACUUGCAGCAGCAACAUCGACAGCAGCAGUUGCAGCUUUUGCAGUUGCAGCAGCAACAACAGCAGUUGCAGCAGCCCGUGCAACACCACCCGCAGCAACAGGUGCAGCAGCAGCAGGCUGCUCGGGAUCCAGCAGCCACUGCUUUUGAGGAGCACCAGCGACUGGUGCAACAGCAAUUGGGCGCCAACACGCCGCUUCGCAUCUUUGUGCCUGACGAAGAGACUUCCGAAUCGCGGCUGCAAAAACGCUCCGAUGACGUGAAGAAGGGUACCGUGCAGGACGUGUCCAGCACGGAUCUGAUCGAGAGCAACAGCGAGGAGUCAGCCAAAGAUUUGUUCGAGGUCUCCACCUCCGUUGAAGUGGCCGGCGAGCAUCUCACGGCCAGCAGUAAUUAGUUAACGCACAUUUAGUCUUCGACGCUGUUCAAAUUUAUUUAUUUACACACUCAUUUGUAAAAACGCAUUCAUAUAGCGAGCAGUCGGUAGUUUAAUAAAAAUAAUCAUUAAUUUA